AUGCAAAAACAAGAAAAUUAUCAGAAACAUUGGUAUGAUAAAACUGCAGGGCCCGAGGAAAAACAAUUUACAGAAGGUGAAAAAGUUUAUACAUAUGAUAAUUUAAAAAAAGAAUGGGAUGAAGGAGAGAUUGUAAAGAAAACAAAAUGGCCCAGGUCAUACUAUGUGAAAAAUGCAAAAGGGAAAGUAUUCAGAAGAAAUAAUUGUUAUGUAAAAAAGGAAAUUUAA